ACGGCGUCUUUAAGUAGCCCAGGUCGAGGUUUUUCGCGCCUGUUAUGUUUUCUCUUUACGGGUCUGUCGUCAAGUCGAGUUGAGUUUCACAGGAGCUAAAGGAGAAGUCAUGGCUUCGGCAGACACUAGCAAAACCGAAAAACCUUUGUCUCUGAUUUGGGGAUGUGAACUUAGUGAUAAGAAAACGAGCUACACUUUCGCGUCAGAUGAUACUAAAUAUCAGCACCAGCUGGCUUUGAGAACGGUGUGCUUGGGGGCAGAUGCAAAAGAUGAAUUCAAUGUUGUUGAAAUAAUUGCUAAAGAGGAAAGUGGAGAUGAGAGCCCUGUUCCGUUUGUAACUUUAAAACCUUCGGUAAUGCCCACGGUGACUCUGUCUGGAAUUGAACUACCACCACCUGUGUGUUUUAGGCUUAAAUCUGGUUCGGGUCCAGUCUAUAUUAGUGGACAGCAUGUUGCAUUGGAAGAGGAUUUGUCUUUUGAUGAGGAAAUAGAAGAGGAGGAAGAGGAGGAAGAAGUAGAGGAGGAAAUGGAGUCUCCACCAAAACCAGUUAAAAGAUCUGCUCCCAAUAAGAAAGUAGGACAAACCAAGAUGCGAGUCAGAAGAAAAUAGUCCACCAAAGGCUAAAGGAAGAGGAAGAAAACCAGCAGGGAAAAAAUAGUCCAAUUUUUGACAUACAAUGGCUUACUGUUCAAGCAGUGCUUUAAGUAUUUGAGCAAGUAAUUUUGAAGUAUGCACUUUAAAAAACAUUUUGUUCAUGCAUUCAACUGAUGGGUUUAAUGUCUAGCUGGAGUAGGGUUUCUGGAAAAUUUUCUUUACAUGGAAAUGCAACUUUUGAGCAAUUAACAUAGCUGGUUUUUCAAAUGAUUAAAGUUACAGUGCAGUUGUCUUGAACACAGGUUGUCACCAAUAUCGAUUGCAGUAACUAGUGUGUACUACUCUUGUAUCCUUGUAUCUGACUAGUGGGUGUUCUGGUCCAGCUAUGCAGAAUUGUGCUGUUCUCUAAUCCUCUUGGUUUUUUCUUUGCACACUAUUUUUGUACAAAGAUAGGGGAACGUGAUUUUUGUAAAUGUUGCUUGAAAGAUUUUUUUUACUUCUACCUUGAAGUUUAAAAUGCCAUUUUCAAAUUGUGCUAAACUGUAUUUGUAAAUAAAUUUGCUGUUCUACA